AUGGCCCAGUUCGCAAAGCUGUCCAUCUUUGGGACCGUCUUCGAGGUCACCACUCGUUAUGUCGAUCUCCAGCCAGUCGGAAUGGGGGCCUUUGGUCUUGUCUGUUCCGCCAAGGACGAGUUAACCAACCAGCCUGUUGCUAUCAAAAAGAUUAUGAAACCCUUCAGUACCCCCGUCCUGUCGAAGCGCACCUACCGCGAACUGAAGCUGUUGAAGCACCUCAAGCACGAGAACAUUAUCAGCUUGAGCGACAUUUUCAUUUCCCCCUUGGAGGACAUCUACUUUGUCACGGAAUUGCUUGGAACGGACCUGCACCGCCUCUUGACCUCUCGGCCCCUGGACAAGCAGUUCAUCCAGUAUUUCCUCUACCAGAUCCUGCGUGGUCUCAAAUACCUCCACUCCGCGGGCGUUGUUCAUCGUGACUUGAAACCAAGCAACAUUCUGGUGAACGAGAACUGCGAUCUCAAGAUUUGCGACUUUGGACUGGCUCGUAUUCAGGAUCCUCAGAUGACAGGAUAUGUCUCGACACGGUACUACCGUGCUCCAGAGAUCAUGCUCACCUGGCAGAAAUACGACGUCGCCGUGGAUAUCUGGAGUGUGGGAUGUAUCUUUGCGGAAAUGUUGGAGGGUCAGCCACUGUUCCCCGGAAAGGACCAUGUGAACCAGUUCUCCAUCAUUACUGAGCUCCUUGGAACGCCACCAGACGAUGUUAUCAAGACCAUUGGCAGUGAGAACACCUUGCGGUUCGUUCAGUCGCUUCCCAAGAGAGAAAAGAUCCCUCUCACCACACGGUUCCCUAACUCUGACCCCAUCGCACUGGAUUUGUUGGAGAGUAUGUUGCUAUUUGACCCCAAGAAGCGCAUCAAUGCAGGAGAUGCAUUGUACCACAAGUACCUGGAGCCCUAUCACGAUCCCGAUGAUGAGCCCGUCGCAGCCGAGGUCUUUGACUGGUCCUUCAACGAUGCCGACCUUCCCGUCGAUACUUGGAAGGUCAUGAUGUACAGCGAGAUUCUGGAUUUCCACCAUGUCGAUGAGAACCAGGCCAACUUUAUGGGCGACAUUCCUGCUGGUGUUGAUCCUUCCGCAGCUCCUGCACCGUUCGCUUGA